AUGCCCUCCAACGUCCCCGACCAGCAGGCGCCCGAGAUCCUCCUCUUCGCGCGCGGCGUUAUGGCGCUCUUCGACCUCUGGCCCGCGCUCACAAUCGCCGUGAAGGAGGAGUGGGGCGGUCCCGACAGUGCGGACAAGAAGCUCUACCUGCUCUCGGCCGUGAUCGACGCGUUCGAGCAGGGCGCGUCGUACACUACCCCAGACGCCGCGGGCGUGGUGCACGUCGACCCCAAGUCGGCCGCCGACCCGCCCCUGGACGAGGACCAGGUCGCAGACAUGCUGGACCAGUACAUGUCGGAUGAGUACGAGGCUGUUCUCGAGGACGGCAGCUCGGACAUGAUCGCCAAGGACGUUUCCAGGCUGUGGCGCGACUGCGUCGCCCCCGGCGAGCGUAGCGCUGAGGACACAGUCGGCGCGCUCGAGCGCAAGGCUGCCGAGAUCUCGAAGAAGCCGGUACACGCUACGAAGCACGAUGAGAACGAGAGCGACGACGAGGAGGGAGACUGGAGCGACGAGGACGACGACGAUAAGGACGAAGUCCCCCAGCUCGUUGAGAGCAAGCCGAAGGAGAAGCAGGAGCCCAUCAUUGACGACGACGGCUUUGAGCUCGUGCAGAAGAAGGGCCGCCGCUAA